GAACUCUCUGGCUCGCGAGCUUCCCUCUUUCUCUCUCUUUCUCUCUCUCUCUCUCACCUCCCGAUAUUCGUUUUCUUCCUAUCCAAAACGACACCUGAAAAUUUCAUCCCCAAACUUAAAACCCUACGGCUUUGAAUCUCUAGGGUUUCUCUCAAUCUCAAUUUGCAGAAAUGGAAGCCGAGGAAGAUGAAGCUCUCGCCGUCCCAAACACGGACCCUCCUAUUCAAUCCCAUGUUAACUCUCAAACGACAGCAAUUGUUUUGGAGUUACCGCAAGAGAACACCGAGUUACAAUGCGAGACCGAGUCUGCGGUCGAGUUAGGUGAUUCUCAACCGCCGGCGGAUUCUUUAGUGAUUGGAAACGAGGAAUGGUUGGAGAGUAAGGGGCUCGUUGAGGGGGAGGAAACAUUAGGGGUCGAACCAGGGAAAGCUGUUGCUGGUGGGGAUUUGAUUGGUGGAGGGGAGAAUCGAGGGGUAUUGGACGUUGGUGAUGCAGUGGAAGUUUUGUCCACAAUUGGUGGAGAGAACGACAGUGGGGUUGUGGGUGAUGGCCAAGAAGGCGACAUGGUGGAGAAGUUUAACGUGGCGGAAGAUGUAGCGGUGAAUAAACAUGCUGAAAUUCCGGAGGAAACAGAGGUAGACAUGAAGUUGGAUGGAGGAGGAUUUGCUGAGGAAAAUGAGGUGGCUGAUAUGGUGGAGCAAAUGCAAACUGCUUUGUCAGAGGGAAAAGGGGAUGCUGACAUUACUGAACAAAGGGACAUACUAGGGGAGAAACAGGCGGCUUACUUGGCAGAGAAGUCAGAAGACCCAGAACAAAGAGGGUUAGUUAAUAUUGAUGAGAAAAAGGAAAUUAUGGAAGAAGAAGAGUUGCCUGAUGUGUCACAGCAAACCGGAUUUCUGGAGGAGACUAAUGUGUUGAGGGAAGGGAAAGUGGCAUUGGAAACAGACAUUGCUGAGGAGGCAGAUGAUACUGAGAUGGGAGAAGAAACUGAGAAGGAAGAUGAUAGAGAGACGGCUAAUUCAGUAGACGAGGAUGAGAAGGUAGAAGAGACUGAGACUGAUGAGGUUGAUGUUGCAGAGACUGAAACAGCUGAUGACACUGAGAUGACUGACCUUAUGGAGGGCUUAGAGACAGAGGUUGCAGAAGAGAUGGAGGAAGCAAAGGAGGUGGAGGAAGUGAGUAAAACCAGCGGUGGGCCCGGUGCCAAGAGGAAGCGGGGUAAGAAUUCUAAGGCUCCCGGAAGGGCUCCUUCAAGGAAGAAGGUGGGGGAGGAUGUUUGUUUCAUCUGCUUUGAUGGUGGGGACCUUGUGCUCUGUGACCGCAGAGGAUGCCCAAAGGCUUACCAUUCUUCUUGUGUUGGUCGCGAUGAGGCAUUUUUCCAAUCCAAGGGUCAAUGGAACUGUGGUUGGCAUCUGUGCAGCAACUGCAAGAAGAAUUCCUAUUACAUGUGUUACACAUGUACAUUUUCCUUGUGCAAAGGAUGCAUCAAAGAUGCGGUUUUCUUUUCUGUUAGGGGUAACAAAGGCUUCUGCGAAUCAUGCAGGAAUUAUGUGACAUUGAUUGAAAGGAAUCAGCAGGGAAGCAAAGAAAUGGCACAAGUAGAUUUUGAUGAUAAGAGUAGCUGGGAGUAUCUCUUCAAGGAUUAUUGGAUUGAUUUAAAAAGACGAUUAUCUAUUACUUCUGAUGAACUUGCUAAAGCUAAAAACCUUUUCAAAGGAUCUGAAUUACAAGAUUCAAAGCAAGAACUGCCACAUGAACCUGAUGGUGCUAAUAAUGACAGAGGAUCUGGUUCAGAUGGUUCUAAUGCUGAAGUGACUGUUUCCAGAAGAAGAAAGACAAGGAGUCAAUCAAAGUCUCAUGCCAGGGAGCGUGAUUCACCAAGCACAAUUACAGCUGUUAGUGACGAAGGAGCAUCUGUAGGUGAAAAUGAUGAGUGGGCUUCAAAAGAGCUCCUGGAUGUGGUUAUGCACAUGAGAAAUGGUGACAAAUCUGUUUUAUCUAGAAUAGAACUGAAUCAACUUAUACUGGAUUACAUAAAAAAGCAUGAACUCCGUGAUCGUCGUAAUAAGUCUUAUGUCAUUUGUGAUUUGAGGCUCAAAAAUUUGUUUGGGAAACCCAGAGUGGGGCAUAUUGAAAUGUUAAACCUUCUAGAUCGUCACAUUUUUUUCACAAAAGAGGAUUCUCAUAUGGAUGAUCUUCAAGGCACUGUUGUUGAUGGUGAAUCUAAUCAAUUGGAUGCUGAUUGGAACUCUGAUGCCAUGAUUAAGGCUAGCAAAGAUAAGAAACGCAAAACACGUAAAAAAGGCAAUAGGGGACCUCAAUCUAAUCUGGAUGAUUACGCAGCCAUUGACAUGCACAACAUUAAUCUAAUUUACUUACGGCGCAAUUUGGUGGAGGAUCUUCUUGAAGAUACAGAAACCUUCAACGAAAAAGUUGUUGGUGCUUUUGUGAGAAUAAGAAUUUCUGGUGCUGGUCAAAAGCAAGACUUGUAUAGACUUGUGCAAGUUGUUGGUACAAACAAAAUAGCUGAGCCAUAUAGAAUUGGGAAAAAAACAACUGACUUUUUGCUAGAGAUAUUAAAUUUGAACAAGUCAGAAGUCAUUUCGAUUGAUAUAAUAUCAAACCAGGAGUUCACUGAGGAUGAAUGCAAGCGUCUCCGCCAGAGUAUAAAGUGUGGACUGAUAGGCCGGUUGACUGUGGGUGACAUUCAGGAAAAAGCCAUGACUCUCCAGCCUGUCAGGGUCAAAGAUUGGUUGGAAUCUGAGAUAGUCCGUCUAAGCCAUCUCCGUGAUCGAGCCAGUGAAAAAGGACGUAAAAAAGAAUAUCCUUUGCUUAUUGCAUGUUGCAUUUUUCUUUUAGUUGAUGUAAAGGCUUGGCUGGAUGCAAGUCCUUUAAGAAUGCUUAGCUGGGUAAUGACUCUUUGAUCUUUAUGACCCCAUAACUUCAAAUGUGACUGGAGAAUCUGGAAAAUAAUUUAUUAUUUUGUUCUAAAUUCUCAUCACUAUCUUUUUCUGUUAGAGAAAAUGAAAAAGAACUUUUAAA